AUGGAGGUGAAGACGGAGAGAAGGAGCUCUGAAUGCAGAGUGAAGGAGGGACUGACUGAACGAGGGAGGGAUUGUUGUGAGAGACUCUCCAGACCUCAGGCAACUAAAGCAGCAUCUUCAUCUGGACUUUCUGUUGGCCGCUGUUUCCCAUCUCCGCGGGGAGUGCACACAGCUACUGUUCUCAGAAAUGAAGCUGUCCUGAGACGAGUUUGCUCAGCGGGUUUUUUGGUGGAUGUCGCCAUGGCAGCAGCUCUGCCUGUGUUUUACCACGGCGCCAUCUCCAAGACAGAGUGCGAGGAGCUGCUGGGGAAGAAGAACAAGGACGGAGCCUACCUGAUCCGAGACAGCGAGACCAUCCAGGGAGCUAUGUGUCUGUGUGUUUAUAAACAGAAGGUGGUGUAUACCUACAGACUGCUGCAGACACACACUGGAAACUAUACUCUCAUGACAGCGGGAGGUUUGGAUGAGACAUUUUUUAAGAAUUUGGACGACCUGGUCCGUCACUAUAAAAGGAAGAACCAGGGCCUGGCCAUGCACCUUCGCCACUCUGUCAAAAGAAAGACGGCCUUGUUGAUCCAGCCCCAAAAACGUCCUGAUCCACCCGAUCCAAGUGAGGCACAGGAGAAGCAGGCGCCUGUACCCGAAGAAGAUCAUGACUAUGAGAAUGCUCCUGACUCAGAAUACGUCGAAGUGUUGCCUGAUUGAACAACUUUAACGCGUUAGGAGAGUGGAAAAGACAUUUUCUCUGAACUAUGGGCACUUAAAAAGGUUCACAGACUGGAUCGAAUUCAGAGUAAUGAAUAUGGAACUUGGACAAACAUAUGCAGAAGAAGAGGGCUCUUCAUCUGCUUGUAUUCCUGUAAUUACGAGUGGAGAGGUCGGUCGCUCAGACCGAAAUAUCUCAACAACUGUUGGAUGGAUUACCGUGAGAUCUGGUUAAGACGUUCGUGAUCCCCAGAGGAUGUACUGUAAUAACUUUGUCUUCAUCUUUUAACAUUAUCUGCUGCGAUUUGCUAACCGGCACAUGCAUGCCCAGACUGUAUGUGAAUGGCCUGUGAUAUAAGAUCAUUUUCAUUUAAAAACACUGCUUUAAAAUGAAAAUGUAUUAGUUUGGAUGUGGCCUUUAAGCCACAUCGCGAAGAUGGGUUUUGUUUCGUUUGGCGUCACUUCCGGCCAUAAUUGCAGGUGUGUUUCUAGAUCUCCAUUGUUGCUUGUGUUGAUUGUGGUGAAGCACCGCUAAACCUCAGCGCAGCCUCACAGGGCUGCAGACUCUUGUUCUAGCGAUAAAUAAUAUCUUGUAUUUCUGCUGCUGCUGCUUUGCGGGGCUGUACACGUAUCUGGGAGCUAUUUUUGUUCAGCUGAAGAGCAUUAACGGGCUAAUUUUUUACACACCAUCGUGUGAAACAUCGGAUUCCGAUUAGAUGCAUGUCAUCAUUUGCAUAUGACCAGAGACGGGGAAGUAACGAAGUACAAAUACUUUGUUACUCUACUCAAGUAGAUUUUUCAGAUAUUUUUACUUUUUACUUUACUAUUUAUUUUUGUGCCGACUUGUUAUUUUUACUCCUUACAUUUAUUACACGGAUAUUGGUGCUUUCUACUCCUUACAUUUAACAAAAUUGUCUCGUUACUUUAGUUACCGUUAUUAUUUUUCGCGUCAUCAAUACCAAAUUCAGUCUAAUUGGAUGGGAAUAUACGUUGCACUUGACGCACCGCUACAAGACGACUCGACAGAUUCGGCGGCAUUCAUUCGCGGCAAAUCAUCGCGGCUUGUUGGCGGUAACGUUAGCACCUAGUGGUAUGGACGGCGACAUAAUUGAAAAUGAAGAAAAACGGAGAUGCCAGAGAUUCGGCAGACAAGCAGCAAGACAUUCCCAAUCAUCCUUUAGCAUUAUCUGAGAGAGAUGUUUCAGAUAGUAGGCAUCAAGAAUGACGAGAUGUUAGUUGUAACUCUAAAAGUAUGGGCAACUUCUUAAUUAGUCUGUUUAGUAAUUCAUAUUUUAUCCUUUAUUUUCUUCCCAGAAGCCAUAU